AUGACUGACGAAUUAAAUUAUCUAAUCGUUGGUGGUCUUAGCUAUAUUGGCUUACAUAUCGCUGAAUAUCUGUUGGAGAAAUAUCCGAAUGUUAAGCUAACAAUUCUUGAUUUAUCAUCUAACACGGCUUAUACAAAUGAAAUUUUGAAAAAAAUUGAAAAUUAUCCCCAACAAUGCACUGUUAUCAUUGGUAGUUCUGGUAAUUGUGAAUUGGCGACAAAAAUAUUGGAAAAACGAAAGAUCAGUACAGUAUUGUAUAACGUUUGGAGUCAUGACGUCAGUGUUACUGCUGCUAAAAAAGAUUAUCCAGGAUGUUUUCGCAAAACGUUAUCUUGCCUGACACAAUUUCUGGAAGUUCUGCGGUGUUAUGGAAAAUUGACAAAAUUCAUUCUUAUCAGCUCAGAAGCAGUUUAUGGAAAGCAAACAUUAAAAUUGGAAACUACAGCGACAAAACCAUGUUCAUUUAAAGGAGCGGCGAUUAAUGCUUGUGAAAUGAUGCUUCAUUCUUAUAUUAUUAGCUAUCGUAUACCUGCUCUUACUGUGCGAUUAUCAGCAGUUAUCUACGGUGGAGUAAUGGAUGAUAAUUUAUUAUUGCAUCUACAACACGAUGAUAAUGAAAAAAGCGAAACUGUUGGUUUGUUACACAUUCAGGAUGCUGUACUUGGAAUCGGAGCUGCCUUGGAAAAGGGUCAUAUUGGUGAAGUUUAUAAUAUUGGAGGUCAAUGCGAUUGUUCUCCUCACUUUUUCCAACUUAUUGCAAAGUUUAAAAAAGGUGAAAUUUCAAGUGAUGAAAUCAGUGUAUCGAUGCUGACGAUGCCAUCGAUGAAAGCCGAACUUGAAUUACUUUGGAAAGCUAAAAUCUCGCAAUCAGAAGGAAUGCAUGAAAUAAUGGUUAAAAAUGAGAGUUACUGGAAUAGAAUGGAUGGAGCUAAUACACAUAAAAUUCUUGUCUAUGGCACUGAUUUCGCCUUGAAACGACUUAGUAGACUAAUCGAGAAUAAAAAAAGAUAUCUGCCAGAAUCACUGCAGAAGGAAAACAUUAUCCUCAGCAAACGACCGUUUGACUCAAACGAUAUUGACAUCAACGAAAUCAUUGAUGUAUCUCCAAGUCAUAUUGUUUACAUCAACAUUCCCAGUAUGUCUGAAGUAGCUACUGAGGACAUGAUUGAUAUUCGAACGUUACUUAAGACCAAACUAUAUGCGAUGCUUUAUUCUCCCUGGUUUUUGGCAUCAUUUUGUGACAAACGCUCAAUUCAUUUCACUUAUUUAACUUCUUAUAAUAUUUUUGGCGAGAAUUUUUUUUGUUUGGGAUGUCAACUACCUAAUAUACGUUUCGAACUUUAUAAUUAUCUUAUGGCUAUUGAUAAAUUUGCUGAUCGUUUAUUGCAACAUUUCGAUACCAUCCUAUUCUGUCGAGCAAGAAUUGUAAUCGAUAAAGAAGAUGAAUUCGAUAAGACAACGUGUUUUGGUAUGGAAUCAUCAUUUUACCUAUCUUUCUUGUCGGAUUGCAUUCCACGAAUUCUUGAUCUUGCAUUGGAAGGUCAUACUGGUAUGGUUGAUGUUUUAAAUCCGAUACCCCUUGAUGACUAUGAUUUUCGAGAAGCAUGUAAUCGAGGAAAUAGACCGCCUGGUGCAUCAAUCGAAUUCGUAUGUUCAUUUUAA